AAAAAUCCCACUCACUCAUCUUAACUCAUUCUCACUCUCUCUCUUCUUCUUCUCUGUUGUUCCUCUUUCUCUCACUUAAAAACAGAGUCACUGUUCACACACACAAACACUGUGUGUUUAACUCUCAUCAAUCUUCAUCGUUUUCUUUCUCUGUUUUUCUCUGAUCGCAGGCGGAAGUAGCUGCAUUCGCCGGAAUGGAUUCCCGACCACCGCCACCGCCGCCGAACAUGAUGACCGCACCAAACUCCUACCCUCCGCCACCACCGACCAACAAUUCCUCCCCCAUGAUCAGCCCUAAUUCCAACAUCCUGGCCCCUGCAACCGCCCGAUUCCCCUUCGGCUCCCCUUCCCCUGCUCCGCCGCAGGCUCCUCCUCCUCCUCCUCCUCCGUCGGAGACUUUCUCGGCCUCCUUCGAAGGUGCCUCUUCCUCCCCCGCGGGUCUUGCCAAGAAGAAGAGGGGUCGGCCGAGGAAAUACUCCCCUGAUGGCAACAUUGCCCUGGGUCUGGCCCCAACUCAGGCGGCCCCGGCCCCCUCCGCCGGCGAUUCGGGCUCCGCUGAUGCUCCGCCGAAGAAACACAGGGGAAGGCCUCCGGGCUCCGGGAAGAAGCAAUUGGAUGCGCUUGGAGCUGGUGGGCUUGGUUUCACUCCUCACGUAAUCAUUGUGGAAACUGGGGAGGACAUCAUAGAAAAACUUGUGGCCUUCUCUCAGCAAGGACCUCGGACAGUUUGUAUUCUUUCUGCUUCUGGUGCAAUCCGCGAUGUCAUCCUUCGGAUUCCACAAUCUGCUGCCACUCAUACAUACGAGGGCCCAUAUGCGAUUAUAUCUUUAACAGGUGCUUUGGAGCCAUCUGAAAGCUAUGGUGGGCGUACCAGACCAAGGAAUUUGCGUAUUUCCAUGGCAGGGGCUGAUGGACGGGUUUCGGGUGGCGAAGUUGCUGGAACGCUAACUGCAGCUGAACCUGUACAGAUCAUUGUGGGUAGCUUCAUUGUGGAUGGGAAAAAAUCGAGCUCGAAUGUGGUGAGAUCUGGACCUUCACCUUCCUCAGCACCAACCUCCCAAAUGUUGGCCUUUGGUGCACCAGUAACUCCAACUAGCCCUCCUACCUCUCAAGGGCCUUCAACCGAGUCCUCGGAGGACAAUGAUCAAAGUUCUUUCAAUCGGGGGCCAGGACUCUACAACAAUGCUACUCAGCCUGUUCAUAGUAUGCAAAUGUACCAUCAUCCACUAUGGGCUGGCCAAACGCAUCACUGAAGGUGUGAAUUUGGGUACGGAUUAACAGUGCAGAAUCAGGAGGGUAUUUAUUUGCUUGAUUGUUCGAAGUAGUGGCUAGAGGUCAAUUCUAUAAUGCUAACAAGCAUUAUUAAGGUCUGACUUUAGAUCAGUUUAUUUUAAGGUUUAAGUUUAUCUCCAACUUUCAGUCGUCUAGGAUAUUUUUGGCUAUAAUUAGAAUUAUAGCAUUUCUAGUAAUGAUAGCCAAGGAUAUGCUAUGCAUUAUCUGAAUUGUGCCAUUUUGGAAUUUGGUGCCUGCACUUUGGCAGGAACAUAGUUAAAACAUGAUCUUUGCUUUCCUCA